CUCGCACAAAUGCUCCUCAAAUUUCAAUACCUCCAAUCAAAUCACUUUUGCUGAAGCUUCUUUUCCUUUCUUUCUUUCUUUCUUUCCUCUUCCUCUCUCUCUAAACCAAUCUGAUUUUCUUUCUCUCUCUUUCUCUCUCUCUGAUUUUUUCUAUUGCUCUUCCUCGUCUCCCUUCUUAGCCUUGGUGCUUCUGGUUGAUGGAUAUUGAACCCUUGUGGUCUCUUGGGGGGUGGUUUCUUCUUUCUACUUGCAUGGCACAACCUAAAACAUCAUCAUCACCAAUCUCAGAAACUUUCUCAAAAUCGCCUACUUUCUUGCACUUCCUCACACUUUUCUUCAUUCUCCUCCUCCUCAUCAAUUUAUCUUACCAACCAAACCCUUCUACCGCUAUGGCUUCAGCCAAAUCAUCGGAAUCAACCACUUCUACCACAAACUUGCACCCUCAGAAGACAAAGAACUCCCAAAGUUCAUCUAAGGAUGAUGCUGGAAGAGAAUUUGGUGCUGAUGCUCAUGAAGUUCCAAGUGGUCCAAACCCUAUUUCAAACCGGUAAGUAAGAAACUACUCAAGAGGCAUACCAUAUAUAUAGCUAGCUAUAUAGCUAAUUGAAGAUGAAAGGGAGGUGUAACGGUAUAUGGUUAAUUACUGUGUAAUGGUCAUCUUCAUAGUUCUUAUUUUAGUUCAUCACCAUUAAUAUUAUUGUUUGUCCUAUGAGAGGUUUGUUAGACAUGUUCGAUCUCGUCAUCAUCAUUAGCAAACUAAAUUUCUCUCUUUUUCAUUUUGGCUGGAAAUGUAUAGGAAGAGACACUAUUUUUCCCGAUGUAUGUAUGUACCUAUUUCUUUCUUAUAGAUGGUGUGAUGAAAUGGUGUUGGUGGUAUAAGCAUUUAAAUCCAUCUACUUUUAUGUGCUAUCUUUUUCUACUUUCUUGUUUUUUUGUCAUGUUUGUAUCACAGAACAAAGAGAGUUAAAAUUAUUGGAUUGAGUUGUUUAAGA